GGUUACCGUAGUGACGUCACGGGCGAACAUUUUUGAAUCGUUUCUAUGAAACUCAUGCUUUGAAUAUUGAGAAGCAUUAAUAGCUCGUAUUUCUGCUGUCUGGGGUGAUAUACGCCUGAAAACAACCAUGAACGUCCAGCCUUCAAACCCGAAUAACCCGAUAGUGUUUUUCGACGUCACUAUCGGAGGACAAGAAGUGGGCAGAAUGAAGAUAGAGCUUUUUGCUGACAUUGUUCCAAAGACUGCGGAAAAUAUUCGGCAGUUCUGUACCGGUGAAUUCAAGAAGGACGGUGUUCCUGUAGGCUAUAAAGGUUGCACAUUUCAUCGGGUGAUAAAAGACUUCAUGAUUCAGGGUGGUGAUUUUGUCAAUGGUGAUGGCACUGGUAUCUGCAGUAUCUACAGGGGACCGUUUGCAGAUGAGAACUUCAGAAUGAAACACUCUGGCCCAGGACUCUUGUCAAUGGCAAACAGUGGACCAGGAACAAAUGGCUGUCAGUUUUUUAUUACAUGCACAAAGUGUGACUGGUUGGAUGGAAAGCAUGUGGUAUUUGGCAAAGUGGUGGAUGGUUUGCUUGUCAUGAGAAAAAUUGAGAAUGUACCAACAGGACCCAACAACAAGCCCAAGCUGCCCAUUGUCAUUGCCCAGUGUGGAGAAAUGUGAUGUAUUCCUUUACUAUUACACACCAGAGAAGACACAUGGCUUUUGCUUUGAAGAAAACAGACAAGCUAUUUUGGAUGACUAACUAAUCAUCAUCUCCAUUGCAAAUCACAUGAUUUUUAUAUGGGUAAUUUUGUGAAAUUGCCUGAUUAUUUGUGAAAAAGUUUGUAGUUUUAUAUUGUUCAACGUACGUUACAGCAAAAAUGCAUGAACCUGUCACUGAUUCAAAGCAGAUUUCAAGAUUAGCAUAUCUGACUCUGUCUUUUAUUAACAUUUGCAUAUAUGACCAAACUUGAAAUUCAAUAUAGAAACAUGCAUUCUUUGUACAUUCUAAAGGACAAGGCUUUUAUUUUUGCCUUUAGAAAUGGCCUUAUUAUGACUGUUGAGGGUUAAACUUUAAAUAAACGUUGACCUAUGUUCUUUUUUUUUAA